CCCGGCGCGCAGCGGGCAUGUCGCCGCCGCCGUAGGGCAGCGGCUGCGGCGCCGGGGCCAUGUCGGCCCGCGACAGCGUGCAGAUCCCCGACGACCGCGACUUCCGCGACUUCCGCGCCGAGUGCGAGUCGGAGGCGGGCUGGAGCCUCACGUACAGCAAGGCGGGGGUGGCCGUGUGGGUGCAGCUGCUCGAGGCGGAGCGCUCGCUGCACAAGAUCAAGUGCAGGAUGGAGUGCAAGGACGUGCCGGCGGAGACGCUCUACGACGUGCUGCAUGACAUCGAGUACCGGAAAAAGUGGGACACCAACGUCAUCGAGACCUUCGACAUCGGGAAGCUGACGGUCAACUCGGACGUGGGCUACUACGCCUGGAAGUGCCCCAAGCCCCUGAAGAACCGGGACGUCAUCACGCUGCGCUCCUGGCUGCCCAUGGGCUCCGACUACAUCAUCAUGAACUACUCCGUGAAGCACCCGAACUACCCGCCCAGGAAGGACAUGGUGAGAGCGGUCUCCAUCCAGACGGGCUACCUGGUGCAGGGCAGGGGCGCCAAGAGCUGCAGCAUCACCUACCUGGCACAAGUGGACCCCAAAGGCUCCCUGCCCAAGUGGGUGGUGAACAAGUCCUCGCAGCUGCUGGCACCCAAGGCGAUGAAGCGGAUGUACAAGGCCUGCCUGAAGUACCCGGCGUGGAAGCUGCAGCACAACCCGCACUUCAAGCCGUGGCUGUUCCCGGAGCAGAGCCCGCUGCCCGCCGUGGCGCUCGCCGAGCUCUCCGUCCAGCACGCCGACUCCCUGGAGAACAUCGACGAGAGCGCCCUGGCCGAGGGCAGGGACGACCGCGGCGAGGCCAGCGACGACGACAGCAUCAACUGAGGGCCCCCGCCGGCCCCCGCCGCCCUCGCGCGGGCCGCCCCCCGCGCGGCCCCCCGCUUCCCGCGGGAAGGGCCCCCCCGCGCCCGCGCCGCCGGGGCCUUCCUCCGACCCCCCGCGCGGAGCGGAGCCGCCUCCCCCGGGCGGGAGCCCCCGUCCCGGCGGCCGGACGCUUGCUGCGCUGGGAUUAGAGGCCUUGGAUCCGGAUUUCAGAGCUGUUCCCGCGCCGGCGGCGCCUGUCGUGCCGGAGCGGGUUAUUCAGGAAUAAAAGGGAUCAAUGGGA